CUUGCAAAUCGAGAUUUUAUCGUUAUGAGACCCACAGAUUUGGUUCUGCAGACCGUUCUAUCAUCGUCAUGUGGCUGUGCACAGCCUUUUCCCGUUUAAUGGAGGCUGGGGACUAUCAAGUGAAGGAGAGGGCUGCCCUUUGAUUGGAUGGCGACCCCAUCUUCGAGCGAAUAUGUGCUCACGGCGUGUUUUCUUAAGUACUUGCUCUCACUAGCCGCACAAGGACUUCUCAAAAUCGCUUCGGUCAUUAGGUUCAACUUUCCUUUCAACCCAACGUCUUAUUUCUUGUAACAAUUUUGGUUAGCCAACUGCUAUACGCACUUCAACAUCACGAUCAGUGACACUUGACUUUGUCAUUCUCGACUUCAAGCUUUGCAUCUACUUUCUCGCCGGAUCGAGAUGGCGCGCAACAGCUUGUCCCGCCCCUCUACCCCAGGAAAUAGGUACAACUACCACGUCGCUUCGCCGAUCAGCGAGCCAGGCCCUCUCUUUGGCCAUUCAGUUGUGGACGUUUCGCAGUAUGCCUUGCGCCCCGAGUCGCCCUCCUUCAUCAUGCCGCUUGGAGAGAUGACGCCUCGCCUUGACUACGCUUUCGACACUCAUUUCUCAGGUCUGCAGCCUGGUAGUGACUUCUAUGGCCAGUUUCAAUCAGGCUUUGACCUGCCUGAAGACGCUCACGACUUCAGCCGAGUCAGUUGUCCACUCCAGCUCAACCCAGAGGCUUCGGAGUUCACGCCCCGCGUCACGGAUCUCUUUUGUGGGAACAGUAGCAACUUCGCCUCUGCUUUGGAUGAACUGGAAGGCCUUCGAAAUACCCCCAGCCGUGAAUUGGCGAUGGAUCACAACACUACAGGAUAUGUCAUGCCCGGCCCGUUUGACUUCAACGUUCCACAUUACGCUACCCCUCCAAGCUCUCAAACGUCUGAUUUUGCUGGUGUAAGCCUCAUCAGCUUGGACACAGGCGACGUCUCUUACGGUAUCGACGGCGAGCAUGGCAACUCCAUCUACCCCAGCAUCGAGCCCAUCCAUGGUGAUAAUCAUAAACCUGUCAAUGAAUCCGAUGGUGACCUCAACUUUGCCGACUAUCCUCAGGCGGAGCCCAUGGGAGCCAUCACAUAUUUGCCUACUCCCCAACAGGUUACUAAAUCGCCAGCUACAACCAGCCUCGACAUUGAUGGAAAUGCGAGGUACGACAGCAGUCUAGAUGCUGAGUACGAUGACGAAGACGACGAUCAGACACCUGGUCUCACAGGCUACGAUUCAGGUUUCGCCUCGGCUGAUGUCACCCGCAUCGGAGUCACUCAGCGAGCAACCGUGAUAACCACAGAACAAGACAUCACACUGAAGCUCAAGCAGGGGCUUGCUGUUUUCAAGGAGCAUGAGGGGACUCAGAUCACCCCCGGGCCGGAUGGCGUUUUUUGGACGGCUCCGCCUCGAGACAAUACAAUUCCAGACUCCCAGGAGGCCAAAGACAUAUAUCAUGAACAGCUCAUUGUUGCCAUAUAUAACAAUACUGGCUGCAUCGAGACCGAGACCAGCAAGUCUUACCAGAAUCGCUGGGGAGACGAUGCUAAGUUCUAUACGCGAUGUGAGAUCGAGGCUGCCGCUCUGGAAAUACUGUCCUUAGCCAUCGAAAUCCACCAGAUAGGAUGGACCAAGCCUAUCUUCGAUGGACACAUGCGCGAAGAAAUAUACAAAACAAUGUUCUUCUCCUUCCAAGAGCGUUUCGACGCACUCAUUUCAUUACUCACAAUUUCCAAAAACACCUGUGAGGCCCUCAUGAAGUGUGAGCGUCUUCACGCCGUUGUCGGAAAUCCAUGGUUGCUCGACAAGCGCGUGAGGAGCAACAAAGCCUCAAACGGUAAGAAAGCUUCUCGAAUCGCCUUCGCUACCGCUGUGGAGAAGGAGGAGAAAGUCGCUGGGUGGUGUGAAGCACCAGAGGUAGGUAACGGCAGGAGUAAAGCCAAUGGUAUGAAGCGCGUUCGUGAGGACGACGACACCGGUGAGUUGAGCGCGGCUCAAGUCGCCGUGCGACCGACAAAGCGUCCUCGUCGUUCUACGAGAACUAAGAUUUAGCUGCAUUACGGGAUGUUGGCCAACAGUUGUAGACUCUGGUGCACAUAGCGU